AUGGGUCAAAAUAAGGAAAAGUCUGUGGUUGUGAGUGUUGGUCAGGUUAGGGAGGAGGCCAUCUCGGUAACUCCUAUGGUUUAUAGGGUUUUGGACUCUUCUAUUGGGAGGUCCAGAGAGGUUCAGGUUUCAGGCCAGUCUCAGAAUAGGGUUUCUGCUGUUUGUUUCAGAUUUGAUCAGCUGGGCCACAAGUCUCCAGUUUACCCACAGAGGAAGAAGGUAGGGUUGGCAGCUCGACCGGUGACUGCCCCACCAAAAUCAUCUAGCCAGCUAGGUUUUGGGUCGACCGAAUGCUCAUUGGGGAAGCAGUUGUUGGGGUCUCCAUCAGCUCAGACUUUAAACCAGUCUCAUGCUUGGGAGCCACUUACUUGUUGGGUGUGUAAUCAGCCAGGUCAUAUCAAACGUUUCUGUACUCAGCCAGGGGCUUCUUUAGGAGUUUUGCAACCUAGGCAGGUCCAGCCUUAUUCGACUGGACAUGGGCAAUACCAUUCUGGGGGACAAACAGGCCAGAUUUCGAGGGCCUUAGGAGAGUCGAGUUCCCAAGCCCCAGUUAAGGAGAUUUGCAGUUGUUCCAGGUGUGGCCAGUUGGGGCACAUCUGUAGUUCUUGUCCGUGGCUUGUAAGCUCGUAG